AUGUCAUUCAGAAAUGCCAGGUCAGCCAGUCCAGGGCCUUCGCGGACAAGGAGCUGGGGGUCUUCUCGAUCAAAGAGUCCAGGAUCAAGGCCAGGAUCAAGAACAGUAAGCCCAGGACCUGUAAGAAUAACCUCUCCUGGAUAUGCAGGUUCUACCAAGUCAACCAGGUCCAGAGCAACUUCAAAUGAAAGAAGUUCCACAAGGGCGAGAUCGAGAACUCCAGACAGGGGGCGUCCGGUUGUCAAGACAGGAGCUGUUGUGAUAGAAACUGGCACUGGGACAUGCAAAGCUGGAUUUGCUGGUCAACAAACUCCCCAGUCUGUCGUUGGGACCUUGGUUGGACACCCUACGGAGAAGUCCAUGAGGACUAGAAGAGAUAGACCAGAUACGUUUGUUGGAGAGCGAGCGAGAUUGGAGCCUGACGUCGAUAUUAUUGUACCGGUAAGACAUGGCAUAAUCAUAGACUGGGAUGCAGCAGAAGUCCUUUGGAGACACCUCUUCUACAAUGAGCUCAGAGUUGCCCCUGAAGACCAUGCGCUAUUAAUGUCCGAUCCUCCACUAUGCCCAACGACAAACAGAGAGAAGUUGGUGGAGGUUGUCUUUGAGUCCCUCAACUCACCGGGAAUGUAUGUGGCAUAUCAGUCUGUGCUGUCAGUGUAUGCCCAUGGCAAAAUCAGCGGCUUAGUGGUUGACACUGGCUAUGCAGUGACGCAUACAGUGCCAGUCCAUCAGGGGUACAACUUGCCACAUGCCAUAGAAAGGAUGGACAUUGCUGGGUCCAAUAUGACAUCUUUCUUGAUGGACCUCCUAAAGGACACGGGGCAUUACUUAGAUGAGAGGAAGCUAGACAUUGUGGAGGACAUCAAACACAAGUGUUGUUACGUAGCCCUAGAUUUUGAGAGUGAGUGGAAUAGUCCCAAAAGGGAAUACAUUGUGGAUUAUCAAUUACCAGAUGGACAUGUUAUAAGUUUGGGGAAAGAGCGUUUUCAGUGCCCAGAGAUGUUGUUUAACCCUCCUCAUAUGCCCGGCCUCAAUCUUGUAGGAAUCCAUGGUAUGGCCCAAAGAAGUCUGAGGAAGGUCCCGGAAGAGACCCGAAAGGAAAUGUACGAAAACAUCAUGUUGUGUGGAGGGUCCUCUCUCUUCGAAGGCCUCGAAAAGAGAUUUACCCAGGAGCUUAUGAACAAUCUCCAGACCAACACAAAAGUGAAAGUCACGGCCAUCCCACUGAGAAAGUACUCUGUCUGGACUGGAGGCUCUGUUCUAGCUUCCCUGAAAAACUUCCAGCCGUGUUGGGUUAGAAAGGAACAGUAUCAUGAGCACGGGCCGUACAUUGUCCACAGGAAGUGCUACUGAGAUAGGCUGAAUGAAUCCACCACACCCGAGGUAGCUAGCUUGUGGCCCAAGAAU